UUAGGGUUCUUGCUUCCUCCCUCUGCUGCGGUCGUGCGCUUCUCCCUAUAGGCCUUGCAGGAUUUUCUUCUUUCACCGGUUUUCGUUCCAGAUUUUUCCAACAUGGUUCUCCAAAACGAUAUUGAUUUGCUGAAUCCACCUGCUGAGCUUGAGAAGAGGAAACACAAGCUCAAGCGUCUUGUGCAGUCGCCCAAUUCCUUCUUCAUGGACGUUAAGUGCCAGGGAUGCUUCAACAUUACCACUGUCUUUAGCCACUCUCAAACUGUUGUGGUAUGCGGGAACUGCCAGACCGUCUUGUGCCAACCAACUGGAGGGCGUGCUAGACUCACCGAAGGGUGUUCUUUCAGGAGAAAGGGCGAUUGAUUGAUGAUGAAGAUGAUGAGGUUCCUUGUUUCUUUUUGAUGGAAGAAGACGCUGUCUCUGUUUUGAUCAUGGUAUAUUUAUUUUUCUUGUACGGUACCAGACUUGAUUGUGCUCUCACUCUCCUCAAUAGAUUAUAUUUGGCUUUUUAGAGUUAUGGUUUUGUUUAAAAGAAGAAUUUUAUGUACCGAACUGUUAGUUUCAUUUAGUAAAGCUUAGAUUUCUUUCA